CGGGGCCUGUGGCCAGCUCCUCGAGCCGCCAGCCCAUCCUGCCGCCCGCAUGGCCGCCAUCAAGGCCCUGCAAGAAUGGUGCCGGCAGAAGUGCGAGGGCUACCGGGACGUGAGCAUCACCAACAUGACCACCUCGUUCCGCGAUGGCCUGGCCUUCUGCGCUAUCUUGCACCGACACCGGCCUGACCUUAUAAACUUCAAUGCCCUCCGGAAGGAAAACAUUUACGAGAACAACAAGCUGGCCUUCCAAGUGGCUGAGGAGCAGCUGGGCAUCCCAGCCCUGCUAGAUGCUGAGGACAUGGUGGCCUUGAAGGUUCCAGACCGGCUGAGCAUCCUCACCUACGUCUCACAGUAUUACAACUACUUCCACGGCCGGUCCCCAAUUGGGGGCAUGGCUGGCAUAAAGAGACCCUCAUCAGACUCGACUGAAGAACUUUCUGGAAAGAAGAAGGAUCUGUCCCAGCCUGCCAAGUUGCCCUCGCCUGCUCCAAUCCAGAGGUCACCACUGUCCCCAGCUAGGACAAACCCUGUGGUUCAGAGGAAUGAAGGUGGCUCAGAGAGACCCUCCCCAAAGGCUGCUCUGGGGACUGCGGGAAGCUCUGUCAGCAGCAUCUGUGGGGUCUGUGGCAAACACGUCCACCUUGUGCAGCGGCACCUGGCUGACGGGCGCCUCUACCACCGGAGCUGCUUCAGGUGUAAACAGUGUUCCAACACACUGCACUCAGGGGCCUACCGUGCCACAGGAGAGCCCGGUGUCUUCGUCUGUAGCCACCACAGCUCAGAAGUCACCUCCGUGAGCCCCAAGUUGUCAAACCUGGCCCCCAGGAAGCCAGGGGUUGCCACUGCAGACACCAGGCCAGUCAGUGUCUCACAGAAGGUUCAGGAGGCAAAUGGAGAGGUGACACCACUGAGGGCCAGGACAGCGGCCUGGGAACGUGCUGCAGGCAACGCAACGGCCAAAGGUUUCGUCCAGACAGAACUUAAGCCGUCAGCUACCUCCCGCGUCCAUGUGGGGAGCCCUACAGGGCCCAGGUUACCCACGAGCGCAGUGGCCACUACUUCUGUGAACAGCAAAGCUAUCACCCAUGUGACUAACAACUCCCCAACAGGAUGGUCAUCACCUGCCUGGAGCAGCACAGCGAGUUUCAGCUCCCGUCCCGUUGUAUCCCCAAGUGCUCUGGACACUCACCUAUCUGUGCCCCAAGGCCAGGCAGUCUCAAAAGGUGUGAAGACUCAGCUCAACUUGACCACAGACUCUUCAAGCACAGCAGUCACCCCGGCCUGGACCUCCUCAGCCUCUAGGACACAACAGGCCCGAGAGAAAUUUUUCCAGAACCCUUCCCCGGCCCCAGCCCCAGCCAGCAGCAGUACCGCCAGCAGGGUCCCCACUGUGGUGAAUGGCUUCACCAGCAAAGUCACCACUGUGGUGACUGCCCCUACCAGCAGAGUAUCCACUGUAGUGACUGCUCCUACCAGCAGGGUCCCCACUGUGGUGAAUGGCUCUACCAGCAAAGUCACCACUGUGGUGACUGCCUCUACCAGCAGAAUGUCCACUGCGGUGACUGCCCCUACCAGCAAAGUCACCACUGUGAUGACUGCCCCUACCAGCAAAGUCACCACUGUGGUGACUGCCCCUACCAGCAGAAUGUCCACUGUGGUGACUGCCCCUACCAGCAAAGUCACCACUGUGAUGACUGGCCCUACCAGCAAAGUCACCACUGUGGUGACUACCCCUACCAGCAGAGUGUCCACUGUGGUGAAUUCCACUAAUGGCAGGGUCACCAUGGUGGUGAAUGCCCCCACUGGCAAGGUCUCCCCUGUAGUGAGUGCCACAGAUGGCAGGGUGCCCACUGUGGUGAAUGCCCCCACAGGUAGGGUUCCUGCUGUGGUGAAUACCUCUGCCAGCAAAGUCUCUGCUGUUGUGGAUAUCCCCGCCCACGAAAGCAGCCGGGAACAAGCACUAAGUGUUCUUAGGAAGGCUCUGCCAGGGCUGACAGGCACUGGUACCCAGGCUCCAAGCAGGUCCUCCCCAGCCACUUCCUCUGUCCUGAUCACCCUGCCCAAGGAUGAAGUGCCACACAAAGGUCCCUCGGCCAAGCUAUCACGUUCAACCACCCAGGCCCUUAGUCCUGCUUCAAAGAUGGAGCCCACAGCCCCACCGAGUAUGGGCAAUACCCCAUGGACGUCUGUAUCACUCCAGGCUGGCAAAAAGAGCCCCGGUGUUUCUCCAGGGGUUGGUAAGACCGGCGCUGGCUCCAGGCCACAAGCAGAGGUGGCAGUUGUCAAGGGUCCAAGCCCCACCUCUCAGGAAGGCCAAGAGGAGGGGCCAGAAGGAUGGAGGGCCCGGCUGAAGCCUGUGGAUAAGAAAAACCCUGCCAGGAGGUCUCUGGAGCAAAAAGAGCCAGGCCUGGCAGAGCCGAGGGCAGGGGACACUUCCAGGGAAGCCUCCGGUAGUUCUGACUCCAGUAUCCAUAUUGUCUUGACUUCCGUUCAGCACAAGAGGAGAGUAUGCUUGGCUAGGCCCGGGCCCAGCCUUGCAGCCCCCUCUCCUUCUCCAUCAUGCCGCAAGAGACUGCCUGUCUCUCCCAGCCUCGAUGUCUCUGCUGAUUGGCUCCAGCCAGAUCUCAAGAACCAGGAAGAUCGGACCAGGAGCGGUGAGGAGGAGAAGACACCCACCUGGGGGACAACAGAGAGGUCUGCAAUCCUGGACCUUGCUCCACCUGGUGAGGCUGCGACCUCCCCAGUCAGGCUGCACCCCAGCUAUAUCCCCCAGGAGGAGCUGCAGAGACAGCUGAAGGACAUUGAGAGUCAAUUGGACGCCCUGGAGCUCAGGGGUGUUGAGUUGGAGAAGCGGCUGCGGGCAGCUGAGGGAGAUGCUUCUGAGGAUGGCCUCAUGGUGGACUGGUUCCGUCUUAUCCAUGAGAAGCAGCUGCUGCUGAGACUUGAAUCGGAACUCAUGUACAAGUCCAAAGACCAGCGCCUGGAGGAGCGGCAGCUGGAUCUCCAGGGUGAGCUGCGCAGACUGAUGGACAAGCCAGAGGGUCUGAAGUCCCCCCAGGACCGCCAGCGGGAACAGGAGCUGUUGAGCCAAUAUGUGAACACCGUGAAUGACCGAAGUGACAUCGUUGACUUCCUGGAUGAGGAUCGGCUCCGGGAACAGGAGGAAGACCAAAUGCUGGAGAGUAUGAUCCAGAACCUGGGCCUCCAGAGGAAGAAGUCCAAGUCCUUCUUGUCCAAGAUCUGGUCCUCGAAGAGCAAAAGUGGGCAGGCCUGAGCUGCGUAUGGCUCCACUAGGGCCCGGCCCUUCUCAGGAAGAGACUGGUGCUGUGGCUCCAGGAGGGAGGCUUGGGGUACCAGGGCCCAUGCUUCCCACUCUGGGUCCUCGUAACCUCAAUAAAGACACUGACCCUCCCUCAUUGGCCUGUAUAUAUCACUGUGCCAGGGGCCGGGUGCCUGUGUACCAGCCCUGA